CUCUCUUCAACUUAGCUCAUUCUGUAGUGAAAGAGAAGGUUCCAAAAGUCUCUUAGCUUAAUCGUUUUCUUCAGCUCAACUAAGGUGAGCUUUAUCUCUUCGUUUCUUCUGUUAUUUCCUCAUACGAAAUAGACAAAAACAAAAGAAGAACCCAUUACUGGAGUUUAGUUCAUUUUGCUAUCCAUUUGGGGCGCGGAUUCCAUUUUUCACAGCUCAACAGUAUAACAGUGCUCAGAAGUAUCGGGGAAAAUGAGGAGGGAAAGAGGUGAAUUGAUUUACAAGAUUUACAGAGCCCUAACUUAUGGCCUAUCGCCGCUGAUUCAUCUUCACCUGCGGUGGCGUAAAUUCCGCGGCCUGGAACAUCCUCUCCGCUGGCGCGAGCGUCUCGGAUUCCCCUCUCUCCCUCGUCCCCCUGGCCCUCUCCUCUGGUUCCACGCUGUCUCCCUUGGUGAAGGAAUGUGUGCAAUUCCAGUGAUUAAAUGCUGCAUAGAGAGGAGGCCUGAUGUAACUGUCUUAAUGACGACUACCACCACAUCAGCAUUUGAGGUGAUAAAGCACCAGCUUCCAAAUAAUGUCAUUUAUCAGUUUUCUCCCAUUGACACUCCUGCUGCCAUUGAUGCUUUCGUUUGUUAUUGGAAGCCAAAUGCAAUCAUUUUAAUUGAAAGUGAGCUCUGGCCAAACCUCGUUAUAGGUGCCGCAAAGAAAAGGAUUGCACUUGCAUUGCUUAAUGCUCGAAUGUCUGCAAAAUCUUAUGACAGUUGGUCACAACCAUUUAUUAUUCCUCUGACAUCAUUGAUGCUCUCUAAAUUCUUGCUGAUUCUUCCACUGAGCACUACACAGGCAAUUCGUUUUCAACUGCUGCAGUGUCCACCAUUCAUCAUAAAUUUUUGUGGCGACCUAAAGUAUGCUGUAGGAAACAUUGAAACUGCUGAAGGGGAUCAGAGAGCUCUGGAAGAGUUGCAGGUACAGCUUAUGAACAGAAAGGUUUGGAUGGCAUCUUCCAUUCAUAAGGGUGAAGAAAAAGUCAUGUUGGAUGUACACAAAGCACUAAAGCAAAUACAUCCGGAUAUCAUUACCAUCAUUGUGCCUCGGCAUCCUCAGCAUGGGGAACUAAUUGCUUUGGAACUGGAGAAAGAGGGAGUAAGGGUGGCAUUAAGGUCUCGUCAUGAUAAGCUCCUGCCAGGAACAAACAUAUAUGUGGUUGAUACAUUAGGUGAAUUGAAAAAGUUAUACAGACUAACACCAAUAGCCGUGAUUGGAGGUUCAUUUCUACCUGGUUCAGCUGGUCAUAAUAUUUCAGAAGCUGCUGCAGCAGGCUGUGCUGUUUUGACUGGUCCUUAUAUUGGUCAUUUUUCUUAUAUGGCAAUACAGAUGCAACGGUUGAAUCCUUUGUCAGUAUUACAGACUUCUUUGCGCUGUCAGGUUUCUGGCCACAUUCUUGUUGAAGCUCUCAGCAACCUUCUUACUGAUGCAAAACUUCUGGAAGCACAUCAAGAAGCUGCUAAACAAGCUUAUUAUGCGCUGUCUCAUGGGAUCACUGAAAAUGUUUGGAGCCUUUUAGACUUGCACAUUUUUCGGAAUGCACUGGCACACCGAGGAAGCCGGACUUGAAGAGCCAAGAACAUGAAAAAGAUGUCAAAAACCAUGAAGAAAUCAGAUUUGCGACAGAUGCAGUCGCAGAAGUGAUGUGCGAGCCGCAUUUCUAUCGCGGAAGCAACCAGACCAGCCCAGUUUUAAGAGUCAAAUAUGCAGUCGCAUAACCAUUGUGCGGACUACAGAAUUGCCGCACAAAUGCAAGAAAAAUUCCCAGUAAUCCAAAGUGAUGAUUAUGCGAUUCCCAGUAACUGAUAUGCGAUGGAAAUCUGGAAGUGCUGAAGAUCAGAUCUGCGGUGUUGCAACGAUUUUGUGGACCGCGGAUCACUUUUGCGGUCCAUUCUGCGAUCGCAUACUAACUUGAAGGGCUAUUUUUGUCACAUUUCGUUCGUGACAUUUGGGCCAUUAUAAAUAGAAUAACUAGGGUUUUUGUGGGACAUCUUGUCUGAAAAAGGUCCUACAUUGAGAGUAUUGAAUACACCACUUAUUUUGGAGCUUUUUGGAUAGCUUCCAAGACUGUCUUCAUUGUAAGCUUUUAUGACUUUCUUUAAUUCUUUGUUCUUGUAUUUUACUAUGAGUAGCUAGCUUUAAAUACUAAGGUUGUGGACCCUAAGUAGGUGUAAUAUUAAUGCGUGUUUACCAUUGAGUAUAUAUAUAAUGGAUGGUUAAUUUCUAUUCA